GCUAAGCAGAUCAGCUUGAUCAUUCAUAUUUCCAUCGAGGUAAGUACUACCACACAUGGGCGAUGACAACAGCUCUGUCAGCCUGAAUGCUCCAAAAAGGGAACUACUGAUAAAACAUCUCUGAGUGCGUCAAAGAGUUAUCACUAAAACAAAAACUCUCAGCACCUCAACCUUUCUCUCCUGGAUCUAUGGUUGUCUGUGCAUAAAUAUGGACUCCAAGGACAUGGCCGAGCAUACAGAGCAUUCCUCGGGAAUCUUUAAGCAUUCACAAGAUGAAUAUGAAGCUUAUUACAGUGCCACUGCACAGAUCAAGCGGUACUACAGCUUAAUGGAUGAUGAAGGCCCAGAUGAUGUGUUUAUCCAGCCCCCUUCACUUCCACCCUGCAAGGCUCUUUUGUUGCCAACAGAGGGAAGCACACAUGCAACACCAACUGAUUCUGGUAUGACCCUGCCAACUGAAGCAGCUGACGCCACAAACGCUAAAGCUAAUCCCUGCAGCUUAGACAGGCACCAUGGUGAGAAGCAGUUAAUGGCAGCACGGAACGAGCUGGUUGAAGAGAUAACUGCAAUGCAGUUGUCUGUGGAGCCGAUGGAUAACACAUUACUUUCCAAUGACAUGAACUCUAGAACAACGGAUUAUCAAGAGCAAACAUCCAUGGGUGCCUCAGCUUGUUUGAUGGAGAGAUGCCAUGACAAAACGGGAAAAGCAGAGCAGAACAACACAUCAGGAGAUGAAGAAUCAAAUGAGGAGUCCAAUCACGGUCCAAAACCAUUUAACGAAGAAGAAAAUCAGGAAGAAGAGAGGGAAAAAAAUCCAGAACGAAUAUAUUCAAAUGUAGAUGAAAACUUGGAGCAUAAGACCAAUCCAGACCAAGACCAAGAGUGUGACAAAAAUGAUAAAGAUAUUUCUUGCCUUGAUGAGACAGACUUCAAGCUAUCGAGAACAGUUUCUGAUCUUAGUGAAAACAAUGAUUUCCUGACUUCGGACCCAUCAGAACUCUGUGAAUUCACCAAAAAUAAGAUGGAAGAAACUCCCAACGACUUCCCUGCAGAAGUGAGUGGUGACAACGAAGAGCAUGAUGGAACCAGAUCUUUGGAUGACAACCUUACAAGAUCUGAGCUCACUAUCGGCAAAGAAUCAGAAGAAAUAGUUGAAAACCGGAGAAUAGCUACCGACAUCCAACAAGGAGAGCAGCUGCUUCAGCGACUGCAAAUGGUGCAGCUACGACAUGAUGACAUCCAAAAUACAAGCCAAGAGAUUAUCAAAGUCGUAAAUGCUGAGGAAGAAGGUGGGUUUAGGUCAGAAGGUGAGGAUGUGGGAGCUGGAGGAAUGGAUGUGACAGCCAAAGAAGAUGAAGAGGAGGGGGGGUCAAAGAGGAAGGAAGUGAAGACAAACUUGACAGAGAAUGAAGACAGUGAGAACAAUGACAGAGAACAUACUCCAUACGAAGAAAGGGCUUCUUUGUCGACACCAUCAGGAAUGCCAGAGCACAACCAGAUUAACAAACGAGAUGAAGACGAGUCUUUGGAUGAUUAUAGUGAAAUCUUGAUACCUUCAACUUUGCCACUUCACGGCACUAGGGAAAUGUCGAGUGAUAUACCAUUUAUCUCUGUAGGACAUCGACUUUCAGCUGCUGAGACCUCAAUGGAGAAACAGCUGCAGGAGGCAGCCCGGGCUAAGCAAAACUUGCAGAGGGCUGGGGGUGUUUUGAACCUUGCAGAUAAUCCAGAUGUGUUAGAAAUUCCGUUCAAGACAGAUGUUUCUCUUGAGACACUCCUUAUAAAGGCUUGUACCACCCAACCAAGCCAAUGGCAAUUUUCUGAAAAGAAGAUGCAGAAAGAGAUAAGUCAGGAAAUUCAAAGAGAACUGGUGCUGGUCAACCAGGGUAAGAUUCCUGGGGAGUAUUGCAAAGGGGAAGUCCGUCAGUUGAAGGAGACAAAACUGCUAUUUGAGGCUUUUCAGCAGGUCAACAUAGAAGGUCCAACAAGGCAAAGGAAGCUCCCUACUUCAGCAAUGAAAGGUCACGUUUAUCCCUCUGUUCUGGAGCGGACACGAAGCCUUGAGACGUUUUCCCUCAGGACUUCUCCCGUCAUGAGAGCACAUUCUCUCAGGUUGUACAACUCUGCAACCCUUAAAGGAGACAGAAGUCCAGAAACCCUCAGAGCGAAGAGUCCAACUGGAGGUUCUCGAGACAAAACGCGCUUAUCCCCUUAUUCAAAAUACGACAAACCCUUGCGACUGCACAGGAGCAUGGACUCAAUAAGCAGCGAAUGCUCCACUUCUGCUGUGGAGUUCAGGGGCAAAACAAAGGAAAGACAAGAAUCCCCUUUCCUCGGACAAAACCCCUUCUUUAAGUUGCGCCCAGCAAUGGCCCUUCAGCCAGAGGUAGAGAAGGACAUUCGAGAGGCAAAGGAAAGAGAAGAAGAACUGCGUAGACAACGAUGCACUCUGUAUGGGGAGGACAAACCGAAGAGUGAAGAUGAAGAAAAGUAUCGAUAUACAAAGACAUUCAAAUCAGAUGUGAAGCUGCAAUCCAGGGGAAAACUGGAGAGACUUUGGCCACCACCCUCUAAAAAAGAUCAGAAGACAUCUGGGGAGGUGCAGCAGGAGGCAAAAGUUCACAGAGCAGGAGGUCAGAAAGCUCCUCUGUGGCAGCUCUGGGAGUCUGGUCUGAUCAAUGGCAAGACGUCGGAUGAGAAGAAGUGAUGUUGGCCAUGCUGGUGGUGCUGGACCACAAACAGAAUCCCAAUCAGGGACAGAACCACAGUCAAAGCACAGAUGAAUCAGUAAAAAUGUAUGACAAAAUUUUUAUUUUAGUUCCAACCUCACCAGUUUCUCGCUCUUCAAGCUAUGCUUUGUAUUUGUGUCAAAAACAUGAUGUCAAUUUGUACUUUCAUAUCAUGAAAUAGUCUUAGAUUGCAAGUGAAUACAGCAAAUAUCUCUUAUAAUUUGAUUUCAUAUUUUUGAUGCUUUCUUUAUUCAGGCAUAUGUUCUUUGAAAAAUGCUGUUUUUUAAAUACCUCAACCAAUUGUAAGAAAACUUUCACAAUUUUUAAAAAGCUAUUCAACAAAAUGCUAAACAGUAGUGUAAUAAUCUUUAUAUACCGAUCAAAAUGGGAGCCUGAGGUUGAGUCAGAUAGAAAGAAUGACUAGCUAAGGAAACAGUAGCAUACACCUUUUGGUCAGGAAGUAUUGAAAGGAAUUCAGUGUGCAGUUGCAGUGUAUUUAAUAUUUUACAGCUUACGCCACCUGGGACACCAAAAAUGUGAAAGUAGCUCAGAUUUUACAAAUCAUUACUUCUGUUUCUAGUGAAUGUUAGAAUGAGUCCAACUGUACCACCUUGUCCAUUCGAGUACCAUUUAGGGAUCGUCUUAUUGAUUGUGCUUUCAGCUCAAAAUAAUGUGUCUUAGCUGAAUUAAAAUAUAUUAUAUA